AUGCUUGAUGAAAAGUCAGAAAACAAAACCUUUAGCAUAGAAGGUAAAGGUUUAAAAUUAAAUACCGCUGAAGAUGUUCAAGAAUACAUAGAUUCUAUAAUGGAAAUGGAAAAUUUGGAAAAUGUGAUAUUGAGCGGAAAUACUUUUGGAGUUGAAGCAAUUCAAGCAUUGGCCAGUGCACUAAAAGGGAAAAAUACAAUAAAGAUAGUUAAUGCAUCUGAUAUAUUUACAGGUAGGCUAAAAGAAGAAAUUCCAGACUCUGUGAAAGCUCUUUGUGAUGCAUUGGAAGAUAAAGAAAUAGUAGAACUUAACUUCAGUGACAAUGCAUUUGGGCCAGCUGGUGCAGAACCUAUGACCGAUUUUCUUACUAAUAAUCGAACACUUCAAGUACUAAAGUUAAAUAAUAAUGGACUUGGAGUUCAAGGUGGAAAACUGAUUGGUAAAGCGUUGCUUGAGGCAGCAAAAAAGAAUCAUGAAGAAGAUCGAGAAUCUUCGCUUAAAGUAUUCGUUGCAGGUCGUAAUAGACUUGAAAACGGGUCAAGUCAAGCACUUUCUGAUGCGAUUGCAGCACAUAAUACUUUGGUUGAGAUUCGAUUACCACAAAAUGGUAUUCGAUCCGAAGGUAUCAUCGCCCUUUCAAAAGGCUUGGCAGAAUGUAAAAAUCUAGAAAUUAUAGAUCUUCAAGAUAAUACAUUUACCAAAACAGGCUCUGAGUCAUUUGCUGAUUCAUUGACUGAAUGGAAAAAUCUAAAAAGUCUAAACAUUGGGGAUUGUUUAUUGUCGCAAGAAGGCGGUAUUAUUAUUGCAAAAAAACUUUUACUCGGCAAUAAUAAAAAUUUGGAAACUUUAAAUCUUCAAUAUAAUGAAAUUGACAAACAGUUGCUUGAGGCAGCAAAAAAGAAUCAUGAAGAAGAUCGAGAAUCUUCGCUUAAAGUAUUCGUUGCAGGUCGUAAUAGACUUGAAAACGGGUCAAGUCAAGCACUUUCUGAUGCGAUUGCAGCACAUAAUACUUUGGUUGAGAUUCGAUUACCACAAAAUGGUAUUCGAUCCGAAGGUAUCAUCGCCCUUUCAAAAGGCUUGGCAGAAUGUAAAAAUCUAGAAAUUAUAGAUCUUCAAGAUAAUACAUUUACCAAAACAGGCUCUGAGUCAUUUGCUGAUUCAUUGACUGAAUGGAAAAAUCUAAAAAGUCUAAACAUUGGGGAUUGUUUAUUGUCGCAAGAAGGCGGUAUUAUUAUUGCAAAAAAACUUUUACUCGGCAAUAAUAAAAAUUUGGAAACUUUAAAUCUUCAAUAUAAUGAAAUUGACAAACAUGGAAUUUCUAUCUUAGCUUCUGCAAUUUCUACACAUCUUAAGAAAUUAGCUUCGUUGGAACUUAAUGGUAACAAAGUUUAUCCAGAUGAUUCUUCAAUUGAGGAAAUAAAAAAUGCCUUGGAGGAAAUUGGUCAUAAGGAUGCUUUAGGUGAAUUGGACGAUAUGGAAGUUUCAGAUUCUGAGGAAGAGGAUGUUGAUAAAAAUGAGAGUGAUGCAGAUUAA